AUGAAUAAUAAUUGGAAGAGACCAGAUUUACCAAGUAAAUGUACAUUUUCUUCAAAACAAUCAAUCAUUGAAAGUCCUCAUCAUCAUCACCAUUUUCAUCCUCAUCAGCAUCAGCAUCAUCAUCAUCAUGAUAAUUCAAUUUUCAAAAGAAAUAAAAUUCUAAAUCAUUCAUUAGAAUUAAUUGGUAAUACACCUUUAAUUCAAUUGAAUCAAAUUGUAAAGAAUGAAGGUAUAGAAUGUGAACUAUUAGGAAAAUGUGAAUUUCUUAAUAUUGGUGGUAGUAUUAAAGAUAGGAUUGCAAAACGUAUGAUUGAAGAAGCUGAAUUAGAAGGUAAAUUAAAACCUGGGGAUACAAUUAUUGAACCAACUUCGGGAAAUACUGGUAUUGGAUUGGCGCUUACUGCUUCUCUUAAAGGUUACCGAUGUAUAAUUGUAAUGUCAGAGAAAAUGAGUAGUGAAAAGGAAUCGUACUUAAGAUGCCUUGGAGCUGAAAUUGUCGUACACCGGCUUCUGCAAAUUUUGAUCAUCCUGAUUCAUUGUUUCGAGUGUGGCAGUUCUGGUGCUGCUGUAGCUGGUGCUAUCAGAACUAUUAAAGAAUUGGGUUUAGGAAAAAACAGUCGAAUCGUGGUUAUUCUACCAGAUAAUGUACGCAAUUACAUGUCUAAAUUCUUAUCAAAUGAUUGGAUGUUUAGUCGAGGAUACAUGAACUUUCCUCUUGGUGAUGCAUUUCGAAAUAAUUGGAUUAAUGAUACAUUAGAUGAAUUAAUUGCUGGUCUUCCAAAAACAGUUAGAAUUACUAGUGAAUAUACAGUAAAAGAUGCUUCGAACUUGAUUAAAACGGAGAAUGUAAGGGGAUUGUUGGUGGUAGAAAAUAAUGGAACAAAAAUCUGCGUCCUUGGUGUAUUCGAUUCAAAUUUCUAA